AUGCUUUUCGAAAUCUUGUUCGACGUGGAAUACGCAUGUGGGAAGAAGUGACAUGUCUGAGAUUUCAGGAAAAUUUACAAGCAAGAGAUGCUAUCAGGUAUGUACUUGAAAAAGGUGAUAGUUGUUUCACAGAAUAUAUUGGACGAAAUGGUGGUUAUCAGGAUAUUAUCAUAGGAAGUAAAUGCGCCGAAGAAUAUGUUGUGGCGCACGAGACAGGACAUGCAUUAGGCUUUUGGCAUACCCAUCAACGUCCCGAUAGGGAUCAGUAUAUUUCAAUUAAUUGGAAGAAUGUAAUGGAUGAAGCUACAGCAUCAUUCAUGCCAUUUCGGACUAUGCUUCAAGCAUUUGGCAUCAGACAAAUAUCACCUCGACGUAUACCUUACGAUUACGGAUCAUUGAUGCAUUAUCAUGCUGUGGCACAUGCCAUUAGUGUAUCUGAUUUUACUAUUGUUCCCAAAGAAUUAAAGUAUGUAACGACGAUGGGUACCGAAAAAGUGGCUUUCCUGGAUGCUAAAGUGAUCAAUGAUAUUUAUUGCUCAAAUGCUUGUGCAGGUCGACGACACCUACAAAAUUGCUUAGCCGGAGGUUAUCCGGAUCCGAACAAUUGCAAUCGAUGUCGCUGUCCAGAAGGUCUUGGUGGUUACGACUGCAGCAUGCUACAACCAUCAACAUGUGGCACUGAAUUACAUGCAACAGAUAAGUGGCAAACAUUAAGCAGCCCAAAAGGUGGAAAUACUGAUUGCUACUGGAGGAUAUCGGCUCCGAUUGGAAAUCGAAUACGUUUUCGUCUCAGUGACGGAGAAUUUCCAUGCUCAUACGGGUGUCAAUCAUACGUGGAAAUUAAGCAUAAACUUGACGUCAGGUUAACUGGUUUCCGAAGUUGUUGCUAUCGACCAAAGGAAGAUUCGAUAUCAGAAGGGAAUCAAAUCUACAUCAUCUAUCAUCCAAAUGGAAAAAUAGCCCGGUUCACUGUUCGAUACAUUAGACAACCGCAAUUAUUCCAGUGA